AUGGCUCCAUCCAAAAUCCUUGGCAUAUUGGCCGUUGCAUGCGGCCUUCAAUCUGUGAGGGCUGCUCCGGCCCUGCCCAUCUCGGGACUGACCUUUGACUAUGUCGUUGUGGGCUCGGGUCCUGGAGGAUUGACGCUGGCCUCGCGACUGACAGAGGAUCCCCGUGUCUCUGUUGCUGUUGUGGAGGCAGGCACCUGGUCCGAGUCCGUGACAGGCAACCAAAGCCAGGUUCCCGCAUAUGACUACUAUUACAAUGGCAAGUCUCCCAAUGACACCAAUCCCUUGGUUGAUUGGGGGUUCGUGACCACACCCCAGGCUGGCAUCAACGAUCAAGUUUCGCACUACACUCGUGGCAAAUCGCUCGGCGGUUGCUCCAACCUGAACUACAUGGGUUACACUCACACCACGGUCGGCGCCCUCCAACAAUGGGCCGACAUCGUGGGAGAUCCCUCCUACGCUUACGAACACUCAUCAUACUACUACCGAAAGAGCAUGAACUUCGGUCUCAAAGAGCGCAGUCUGGUGAAUGCCACGACACUGGAAGCCCCCGGCAGCGUGACCGCCUGGGGUCCGCUGCACGUCUCGUAUGCAUCUUGGGCGCAGAGUUGGAGUACAUGGAUCGCGCGUGCCCUGGAUGCAACGGGGAUUCGAACCACUGAUGCCUUUGUCACCGGGCAGCUCAACGGAUCGUCUUGGUUGACAUCAACCAUCAAUCCCAACAACGGCCACCGAGCGUCUGCCGCAAGAGCUUACCUGGCCCCGGUGACGAAUCGUACAAACUUGAAGGUCUUCGACCUCACCCUUGCGGAACGCAUCAUCUUCGACCAAAAUCGCGUGGCCCGUGGAGUGCAGGUCACCACCGGCAACCAAACCUACACCCUCCAGGCCCGCCGCGAGGUGAUUGUCUCCGGGGGCGCAUUUCAAUCGCCACAACUACUGAUGGUGUCGGGAGUUGGCCCAGCUGAUCUGCUCCGUCAACACAACAUCUCCGUCGUGGCGGACCGACCGGGGACGUCCUCCGCCCUGGCUUACGGGGAUGCGGAGACGCUGGCUGUGGCCGAGUUUAACGCCAAUGGGACCGGCCCCCUGGCCAGCCCCGGCGGCGACUACGCAGCCUACGAGAAGCUCCCCCAGGAUAUACGCGCCUCCUUUGCGCCCGAGACAUUGGCUGAGUUGGCGACUCUGCCUGCAGACUGGCCAGAGAUGCAGUAUCUGACCCUCCCGACGUACGUGGGUGAUUUUCAAUCCGCCUCGGCCGGCGCCCCCUUAGACGGUUACAACUAUGCCACGUUGCUCGCCACGCUGAUUGCCCCCUCGUCGGUGGGCAAUGUGAGCAUCUCCUCGGCCUCAAUGUCGGACUCUCCGAUCAUCAACCCCAACUGGAUGACCACCCAGCGGGACAUCGACCUUGUUAUCGGCGGGUUCAAGCGCCUCCGCCAGAUUCUGCAGUCCUCCGUCCUGACCAAUGUCACCAUCGGCGACGAGUACUACCCAGGCCCACAGGUUCAGACUGAUGAGCAGAUCCACCGCCAGAUCCAGGACAGCUUCAAUACGAUGUAUCAUGUCAGUGCCUCGUGUCGAAUGGGCAAGCCGAGUGAUCCGCUGGCCGUUGUCGACAAUCAUGCGAGAGUCUACGGUGUGCAUGGUCUGCGAGUGGUGGAUGCCUCAGCAUUCCCUUUCCUCCCUCCCGGACUGCCCCAGGCCACUGUCUACAUGCUAGGGGAAAAGAUCGCGGACGAUAUUAAGAAAGGGAACUAG